AUGGGCGUGGCCAGUGACGGCGGCUCGGAGGACGCGCGGGGCCAUGGCGGCGGCGGCGGCGGCGGACGACGAUCUGAGGAGGAGGAAGAGGACGACGACGACGUAGAGGAGGAGGAGCAGUACGUGUUGGUGGAAUUAACAGGAAUUAUUGAUUCAGACUUUCUCUCCAAAUGCGAAAAGAAAUGCAAGAUUUUGGGAAUUGACACUGAGAGGCCCAUUCUGCAAGUGGACAGCUAUGUCUUUGCUGGGGAAUAUGAAGGUGGAGUAGAAUGGCUGCAAAUGAAGGAAAACGACUUCUCUUAUAGACCCAACAUGAUCUGUAGUUUUGUACAUGAAAAUGAAGAUGAAGUUAUAGUUCCAGCCCCUGAAAAACCUUUGGAUUUGGAAGAGCAAGAGAUUCAAAUAAAAGACAGUUCAAAUUUGAUCUAUGAACAGGAAAAACAAAUGCACCUGGAUCCUGGCCUUCUUGCUGGCACUCCUUCUGAGAUGGAAGGUUCUAUUUUUAUGGAAACUCAAGAUGAUGCCUUAGAAAUCACUCCUCGAUAAAAAUAUUUCUCAUAAUAACUUAAAAAAACUUUUACUUAAAAUAAUUGGCUGUGUAGCUUUCAGUUGGUUCACUGUUUAUUAUAGUUUUGGCCAUAUGAAUACUUUCAAGUGAUAGCACAACUUAAUAUUCAAGACACUGAGGACCAGAAAUACAUUUUUAAAAACAUGA